CUAUAUCGAUUCGACUCGACUUGACUCUCCCUGGAAGAGAACCUCAUACUCGUCAUACGUCCCAUCUCAAGAUGGAAGACAAGAGUGCAGGCGAGCCCUCGUUCGGGUCUAGGUCUCCCCAGCAUUCAUUCAUGAGACCGCUAACCCGGGCUGAGCGAAUCAAGGUCGGACAGCUGGUCAAACUGCACCUCAAGGUCUUUCUCGGAAGUUUGGGGCUAUUGCAGACGCUUGGAGCUGUAGGAAGAAUCGAGAAAGUCCAUCUCGAACAUGCUCAAGACCCUCUUGAGACCGCUGGAGAAGAAUAUCCGGACGGCGAUCUUCCUCUCGCUUUACCCCACCUUGUUUCGGCUGUUCAACCUGAUUCGUAGACGAUCACGGCUCGAGGUCGAAGGACUGGAGGACCCGUUAAAUGUCUUGACCCCAGCGACCUCCAUCUUGAGCGAAAGCUCCGCCAAGAACCGUAAAAGGAUCAGCUCAGUGCUUCGGGAGCUGGCUUUACCAACAAAUCCUGCUUUCCUGCUUGCACCCCUCUGCGUGCUCUUACCUCCUACCUGGCUUGCCCAGCUCAACCUGUACUCGACGACUGCGGCCGGGUUGGCAUUGGCACGGUAUAUCUCGGGGAAGAUCGACCAGGGUGAAUUGAGGUGGAGACCAUCAUGGGCGCAAUCACGAUUCAAGCAUGUGCGGAACGCGAAGCGGCAUCGGCCGUAUUGGAUGGGAGAGAAGGAUCCGGGUUCAGUAUCUACGGACGAGCUGAGCCAGUUGGCUCUAGAGUCUCAGGAUGGACUGGGUGAAAGGUGUCAAGGUGCAGGGGAGGUCGAUCUGGUCGUCCUCCUUCGAAACGCGCUCCGUGCAGGAGGAUCUUGGUGGCUGUUCCCCCUCAGUCAAGGGUGGUUGCUGUACACCGCGGUCUUCGAGGGGGAUUGCUUCCCGACGAGUUACAAGGAUGUUAUCGUCUCGCGCUCGACUCGAUACGUUCCAACGGCAGAAUCCCUAGGUCUCUCGGGCGACAUGGCCAAAUCCAUCCCUCAUCCUUCCUCAAUCCUCUCCAUGUUCCCCAUGUUCACCCAAUCGCCUCAUCCACAUCCUCCCUUCCCUCUUCCGUCCAUUCCAGGGAUAGAAAAACAGUACGAAUCCUUCUUGACGAUUUUCCGAUCAGCAAACCCGGCACACGAUCGGGCGAUGUGUGCGGCAUUACAUCCUAUGGAACCUAGUUGCGUGAAGAAUUACGUGAAAGCGGUCGGGGAUGCAGUUCCUAGUGCGGCAGGGCUGGUCGGCGGUUGGAGUGGGUUGGUGACGCUGUUGAGGUGGAAGACGGUUAGCAAGAACCCACCUGCUGCCCUGCUGAAAUGGCUCAAGUCGACAGCAAGGGGGACGGCGUUGAUCGCCUUGUCGAUCGGCACGGCAUGGGCUUGGGUGUGCGCGUUUCAAAGGAUUCUCGGGCCUACGACGUUGCCUCGAGCUAGGUUCUCGAUCGGAGGGAUACUGGCGGGAUGCUGGAUCAUGCUCGUCCCGUCUCCUCGGCGGCUCGAAUUGGGAAUGUAUACGUUCAGAUUGAGCUUGGCGAGCUUGUGGAAGGUCGGAUUGAAGAAGGGCUGGUGGAAGUACCGAGCGUCGGCCAAGUUUUUACCGUUUGCGCUGGCGAUGACACUGUUGACUUAUGUCAAGCGAAGGACACCAAGCGCUGUGGACGGAUGGGUAGGAAGGACGGUCAAAUAUCUCGACCAGGAUAUCGAAGCCCGGACUGGGGAGGACAUUGUGGCUUGAGGGCGAUGCAACUAGAGAACCUUCGCUUGUAUCUGAUGGUUGUACGACGAUAUUGUAUAUCAACCGGACCGGCUGCCUGCAGCUGAAGCGAAGGCUGACUC